AUAAUCAGUAUCAAUCAGAUCACAAAUAUUCUCUCUAACCUCAUACGUAGGUUUGCUGAUAAAACUGCUGCAAGACGGCAAACUCAAGUGGUAGCACGCGUCCAUCCGAACGAGUACCGGAGGCGGCCAACAAUCAAAUCAAGUAAUGGUAUCAAGAGUCAUACUACGAAAAACUUGUCAAUCAUCUGUUCUUUUCUUUCGCUACGGUCUCUGUAAACCUGCAGGCUGCAGUAUUCACAUUAAUAAACCGGCUAAGAAGCGAAAUUCGGCUACAUGGAGAAGCGAAGGAAGGAAAUCGGAGAUGGGUUUACCGAGAUUUGCAAGCGGGAGAUGGGUCUUUCUCAGCCCCGAACUUUUGCUCGCCGAUUCUCCUCUCUAGAGGUAUUAGCGGCACAAAUCAAUAUUUAUAGGAAGUUAAAUGGCCAUGAGGGCUGUGUAAAUGCGGUGGAGUUCAAUCCUGCUGGUGAUCUUCUGGUUUCUGGUUCUGACGAUAGACAAGUUAAACUUUGGGAUUGGGAAGCUAAAAGUAUAUUAUUAUCAUAUUCUUCUGGCCACUUUGACAAUUUAUUUCAAACCCGGUUCAUGCCAUUCUCUGAUGAUCGUAGAAUAAUUACUUCCUCUGCCGAUGGACAGGUGAGGCUUGGUGAGAUCUUAGAAAGUGGGAGAGUUGAGACAAGAAGAUUGGGAAAGCACCAAGGUGCUGUAUACAAGCUUGCUGUAGAGCCUGGAAGUCCCCACAUAGUUUACAGCUGUGGUGAAGAUGGUUUUGUUCAGCAUUUUGAUCUACGAACUAGUUCAGCUACGAGACUUCUGUAUUGCUCCUCAUUAGCAGGAAACAGUAAGCAGCCAACAAAGAGCAUAAGAUUGAAUACCAUAGUAAUUGACCCAAGAAAUCCAAAUCAAUUCGCUGUUGGAGGUUCUGAUGAGUAUGCACGAGUUUACGACAUCAGAAGAUGCCAAUGGGAUGCAUGUAGUAGUUCUGAUGAGCCCAUGACCACAUUUUGUCCCAGGCACCUGAUUGAGACUAACAAUGUUCACGUCACCGGAAUGGCUUACUCUAACACAAGUGAACUACUUGUCUCUUAUAAUGAUGAACUCAUCUAUUUGUUUGAAAAGAACAUGGGUUUGGGUCCUUCGCCAUUGUCAAUCAAUGCUGAAGUAUUGCAGAGAACUGAACAGCCUCGCGUUUAUGUGGGUCACAGAAAUUCACAGACGGUUAAAGGAGUGAGUUUCUUUGGCCCUGGUGAUGAAUAUGUCUUGAGCGGGUCUGAUUGUGGCCAUAUAUUUAUUUGGAAGAAGAAGGGAGGUAAUCUUGUUCGGUUAAUGGUAGGUGAUCGGCAUAUAGUGAAUCAGCUGGAGCCGCAUCCACAUAUACCCGUUUUCGCCACUUGUGGAAUUGAAAAGAAUGUAAAGGUCUGGGCUCCUAUGCCAACGGACUUUCCUCCACUGCCUUACAAUAUAAACAAGAUCAUGGAGGCUAAUAGGCAAGGGAGAGAAGACCAUUCACAGGUAACACUAACACCUGAUGUUGUCAUGCACGUCCUCCGGUUGCAGAGGCGACAAAGAUUAGCAUUCAUCGAAAGGAGUUACAGUGUCGGAACAGACGAAGGAGACGACGAAGAUGAAGAUUACGUUCUCGGUUUAGGUUUAUCUGAUGGUUAUGUAUCCUCUGAAGAGGGUUCAACAGCAGAUUACAGUGAAUGCAUCAUCAGCUAGAGUGAAACUUUGUUGAAUUGAUGCACAGGGUAACUAACAUGUAUAUAGUUUUACUUCUCGCUUAAAUAUCUACUAGUAAACAACUGGAUCAUUAUCCGUCGCUUUUAUUCUUGUACAGAAUCUUUAA